UUGUUCGAAAAAUCAAAUUCUCCUCUCGUGCUGCCACUUUCGCGGCGCUUUGAAGUCAAAUUCUCGAUCGAUCGUAUUCGAAACGCUUCCGAGCAUUUGAAAUGAGAUCCUGAUCGCGCGCGGUUACAACGGAUUUUCUAACCUUGAAUCUACUCAUUGUGAAAAUGAUUUUUCGUUCGAAAGCGUGUCCGAGCGACACUUUUGCGAUACUCGAAAUUUUCACACAUGAACGCGAGCAUUUUUUAAAUCACGACUUACGAGAUAAAAAUCGAUUACUAAUAAAAUUUUACCUGAUUUUCUUACAUGUAGCUAAUUUAUGCUCGUCGCACAAAUACAUUGGUCGAGAUAAUGAGAUAAUUACUCGCCGGAGACCGGGACGUAUGAUGGAUGAUAAAUAUCAGACGAACGCGAACGAUGUAUACAUUUAAAAUCUCCACAGUGGACAGUCUUGACUAUUGUUACAUACCUAUCACAAGAAGCAAUAUUAGCAUAGGCAUUAAAGCUAGUCAUGAUGCAAGAAUUGCCUUACGAACACACCUUGGCAAUGAUUCUAAUUUCUAUGAAAUCAUUAUUGGAGGAUGGGGAAAUACUUUAUCGGCAAUAAGAAGGAAUAAUACAGAACCAGAUGUGGCAGAAGCAAGAACUUGUAACAUAUUGAAAGCUGAUGAAAUAUGUAACUUUUUUAUACAAUGGUUUUGCGAUGGAUGGUUAUGUGUCGGUCGGGAAGAUAAUUUGGAAACAUUGAUGUCCUACAAAGACAAAAAUCCGUUUGUUAUAAAUUAUAUAGGUGUUAGUACUGCUUGGGGUGCUACUGGAGAAUGGCUAAUUGAUGAUCGUGUUUCUUUUACGGCACUAGCCAUCCGGCAACAACUCGUCGACACAUCUCAUUACUGGGUAGAUUUUGACGAAACGUUGGGAUUACCUCGGAAUGUGGUAGUGGUUUCGGAAGACGGUCUAUAUAUUGGUCGUACACGUCAUAGUAACAGUAUAAUACCAGGUGGUGUUCGUGAUAAUGUUUUAACGCUCGCCUGGUGUGGUAACGUGCAUGAGAAGCGAAACUUCCAGGUGCUAUGUGGCAAGGAAGUCGGUUGGGUAAAAUCCUGGGAGGGUACCGUGCCUCUGCACGCACUGCCAGCUGGUGAAACUGAGGAGGGUUGUGCUUUGUUCAUCGGCCGGGUAUUAGAUGAGGGCGUUUGGCAUGUUGGCAAGAUACAACCCAAUCAUCAGGUAUGCUACGUAGUGCUGAACGGUGAUGAAGUGUCCUAUCUAGAAUAUGAUACGUUGGUAAUAUAUGAUGACUACGGGGGCGAAUAUAUAGGGAGAUAAGACGACAGAAGUUGUGAAAAAAAUAAUGAGAGAACAUAGAUAUUUAUAUUUUUUCAUGAGACAUCCGUAAUAAAAUAUUUCCUGUAUUGUUUUCUCAUAUUGAUUGGAUGAAAACGUAGUCUCAAAAAGAUAGUUCAGGUUAUGUGCAUUCACGUAAUUCCGUGUGAUUAUAUAAUAUUGAAGGUAAUAUAUUGAAACUAUAGCUUAAUAUCAAUUAUAUAUAGUAUUAUUACAAUAACGAUAAUUUGUGUGGAGACACAUGUGUCAUAUAUACC